UUGGAUUCAAGCAAGCGAUAUAGUAGCCUGGUGGAACGAGUUUCCGACGCGGAAUUUCGUUAGUUAGUUACUGGCGAACUAGUUGACUAUGUAACUGAAGAAACUACCUAACUAAUGUAUGUAUGUAUGGGCUUUGUUUCUGCUCUCCGCGUGCUCAGGCUUUGCCCUUUUUUUUUUUUUUUUUUUUUUUUGAUCAAAAUCCGGUGCUGUUGCUUUAGAAUAAUGACCAUAGAAAUUUGGUAUUGGUAUGGUGUUGAGGUGAAUUUAUGUACUACUUAGUAGUAGGAUACUAUAGAUCGCAAUUCUAUGUUUUGUGUGAUACAA